ACUGAGGCUCCAACGAUGAGACUUACUCUCUUUGCAGGCCUUUGCCUGUUAAUGAGUCAUUUUGGUUCAGCCUCUCAGCUUAUAUGCUACUUCACAAGCUGGUCCCAGUACAGGCCUGGUCCUGGGAGGUACAUGCCUGAUAAUAUUGAUCCCCAGCUGUGCACUCACCUGAUCUACGCCUUCUCUGCCAUUAACAGCGCAAAUGAGCUGGUCAUCCAUGAGGGGAACGAUGAGACUCUCUACAAGUCUUUUAACGGUCUGAAGCAAAGAAACCCCAGCUUGAAAACACUCCUGGCUGUUGGAGGAUGGAACUUCGGUACAGCUCGGUUCACCACCAUGGUGUCCACUCCAGCAAACAGACAGACGUUCAUCCAGUCCUCCAUCAAAUUCCUGAGAACUCACGGCUUCGAUGGGCUGGAUCUGGACUGGGAGUAUCCUGGAGCCCGGGGCAGCCCAGCGGAGGACAAGCAGAGAUUCACUCUGCUCUGCAAGGAGCUUCUGGAGGCCUAUGAGGCUGAAGGCAAGGCUACUGGACAGUCCAGACUAUUGCUCACAGCUGCAGUGGCUGCUGGGAAAGAAAAUAUAGACAAAGGAUACGAAAUUGCUGAAAUCGCCAAGUAUCUGGAUUUCAUCAGUGUGAAGACCUAUAACUUCCAUGGUGCUUGGGAGAGUUUCACUGGGCACAACAGUCCUCUGUACCAUGGUUCCCAUGACCAAGGAGACCUUAUCCACCUCAACACUGAUUAUGUAAUGAAGUACUGGAGGGAUCAGGGAGCCCCUGCGGAGAAGCUGAGGAUGGGUUUUGCUACGUAUGGUAGGACCUUCCGUCUGAAUUCUACUGCCAGUGGAGUUGGAGCUAAAGUCAGCGGUGCUGCUUCUGCUGGGACUUACACCAGAGAGGCAGGAUUGUGGUCCUACUACGAGAUCUGCACCUUCCUUCAAGGAACCAGCAUACAGUGGAUUGAAGAUCAGAAAGUACCUUACGCUACCAAAGGAAAUGAAUGGGUUGGAUUUGACACUCAGGAGAGCUAUGAAACAAAGGUGCGCUAUCUAAAAGAUAAUAAUUUUGGAGGGGCCUUUGUCUGGGCUCUGGACCUGGAUGACUUUGCAGGGCAGUUCUGUGGGAAGGGAAACUACCCCCUCAUCAGUCACCUCAAGAAACUACUGAAUACAGGUGCAUUACACAGCUUUAUUAUGGUGGAAAGUAAUUACAACCCCAAGUCCAAAAAAGUUGGGACGUUAUGUAAAAUGUGAAUAAAUGUAAAUAAA